UAUGUGUUAAAGUUGAAAUACUUGGAUAAGAGCGUUUACGUUAAGUAAAUUUGCCUACAAACAGUUAUUAUAAUGACUCCUGUUUCUGACCAAGAACGGAAAAUAAUCAUCGAAUUCUGCCAUUUGCUGGAAAAAUCUAAGCAAUUGUUCAACGGCCUAAGAGAUCUACCCCCGCAUGGCCAUAAGCAGUGGCAUGUCCACUUUGGCCGCACAUUUGACAUUUACUCUAAGCUCUGGAAAUAUCAGCAGCAACAUCGCCUGCUACUUGACACUCGUUAUGGAUUAAAAAGAUGGCAGAUUGGGGAAGUUGCAUCGAAAAUAGGACAGCUUUAUUACCAUUAUUACUUACGAACUAGUGACACGGCUUACUUAGUUGAAUCAUAUUCAUUCUAUUCCGCAAUAAGAGGAAGGCAUUACUACCAUUUAGCCAGUAAAGAGAUUAGAUGCGAGCUAAUGGUGAAGAAACUUCGGUUCUAUGCCAGAUUUAUCGUGGUUGCUAUCCUUUUACAACAGCCUGUUAUUAUUGAUGAAUUAGUUGCGGAACUGGAUAAGCAAGUUGUUGCAUACGGGCAUGUGUACGACCCAAAUGACCAAAUAGAAUGGUUCAAUGUUUUAGCUGAAGUAAAAGCGUUCUUGGUGGCUGAACCUGGCGUCACCGUUAUCGAUCCUAUAGACAGAAAUAGAGUUGUCACUAUCGGCGGGAGAAUUAAUUACCUAUCUGUACCGCAAUUGGAACGGACUGCACAAAUGUAUCUUACUCUGCAAGAUGCAAUAAUAAUUGGGAGUGGUACACAGCUCGUCAAAUUCUCUGAGCUCACGAUAGAUAUGUUCCGGAUGGUGCAAAACUUGGAAUGGGAAGUUCAUGUUCCACCCAGAAAUUCAUCUGGAGGAUCCCCUAAAGACAAGCAAAGAUGUGACAUUGCUACUUGUGAACCACUCAAAAGUGCGCCUCAAUGUCGAGGAGUUAUGGAUGAGGAAGAGGCCAGCCAUGUCAAUCCACACAAAUUCCUUUUAUUUAAACCAUCUGCAAAUCAAGUGCUAAUUUAUUUGGCGAGCAGCUGCAAUGACUUACCACCAAAUGGCGUCCUUCUUAUAUAUAUUUCAGCGAAUGGUCAUCCCCAUCAACAGAAUAAACAUGUUGAAGAUUAUGGAUACGACGUCGGCGGCGUAAUAACGACAUCAAAGUCAGACAUAUAUAGAGAGUACAACAAAGAAGUCAAAGGGUCUACUCCAAAAAGCAAAGAAUCUCAGAUACUGUACCCGGGCGACUUGCAUCCGUUUACAAGAAAACCACUUUUUAUCAUUGUCGACUCAGACAAUUCUUAUGCUUUUCAACAUAUUCCUAGGGUGUUCGGUCAACCUCUUAUUAUUCUUAUGUCACCACUAUCGGUCCCGUCUAACCUGAUGGAUAGGAAAAACCAAGGGAGUAUCUUCACCCUGUUCUUGCACAACCCGAUAGCUGGCCUUUGCAACUCAUGUGAUGUACAUACCAUCGAUAUAACCACUUGGCAGCGAUGCGUCUCGUUGCGUGAUACUUUUAUGAAAGAAGCAUCCAAAUUUCUAAUGAGAAUACGAAUAGAUCCAAUGUUCUACGCUUUCUUGGGUGAUAUACACCUAAGACUGAUAUUACUUCGGUACAUAUUCUGCGAGUGUGCUUUGCGGAUGCACAAAAGUUUCCGCUCGAGGACAAAUUUGCCCCGGUCUGUACCUCCUUUGCCAGAAGAACUGUUCAUGCAGGAAAUUCUGGUGGCAAAGGUCUUGAAUAUGACAGAGUUGAUUGGGAUUGAGACUUGCUUUUUUGACCCCCUAGCAGCGGGGCCAUCUACAACGGACUAAUGACACGACCUUAAA